UGCGCAUGCGCAGUGCGUGAGGUGGCAUAUACAGAGGAUUGACUGGUUGUAUCAAGAGCGGAGAAAUCCGACUUUGAACAGCAUUUUAGCAGCAAUUUCUGACCUGAAAUGUGCACUCGUGUUUGAUUUCAACAUGGAUAUUAGCUGGAAUUUGUCGGGUUUCAUGAGCAGCCAGGAGAAAGUAGAGGUAUCUUCCUGCUCCCUGAACAACCUUCCGCCAGAGGCUGCAGAAGGCAAUAUUGAGUAUAAGUUGAAGCUAGUGAAUCCAUCCAGUAGUCGCUUCGAGCACCUAGUGAGCCAGAUGAAAUGGAGGUUGAGGGAGGGCCAAGGAGAAGCUAUCUACGAGAUUGGGGUAGAAGACAAUGGCAUGCUAGCCGGUCUCUCCCAAGAGGAAUUGGAAGCAUCGUUGGAUACUCUCAACAGAAUGGCAUCCAGACUUGGAGCUACAACGACCAUCCUGAGGGAGCGGUGUGUAGAUUGUGAAGGAGAGAAUACUGACAGGAAAGCUUGUGAAGUACUUGUGAGGAGGGUUCCUGAUGACCAGCAGUUCAUAGAUCUUCGGAUAGCAGUACUAGGCAAUGUAGAAGCGGGAAAGAGCACUCUACUAGGGGUCUUGACACAGGGUGAACUGGACAAUGGCAGGGGGAGGGCACGACUGAAUCUCUUCCGCCAUCUACAUGAGAUCCAGUCAGGCAGGACGUCCAGUAUCAGCCAUGAGAUACUUGGUUUUAAUAGCAGAGGAAAGGUGAUCAACUACUGUGAUUCUCAGCAAGGUUGUUUAACAGCAGAAGAGAUCUGUGAGAAUGCUUCCAAGCUCAUCACCCUGCUAGACCUGGCUGGGCAUCAGAAGUACAUCAAGACGACCAUCUUUGGGCUGAUGGGAUACGCACCAGACUUUGCCAUGCUCGUCAUCAGUGCAAGCACAGGCAUCGCUGGUACCACCAGGGAACAUCUAGGACUGGCCAUGGCUCUCCAGGUGCCCAUCUUCAUUGUGGUCAGCAAGAUGGACAUCUGUUGUUCAGCGGUCAGGCAGCGUACCAUCUCUCAGCUGACCAGGCUCUUGACCGGUCCAGGCUGCAAGAAGGUUCCCUAUCAAGUCAACAAUGAAGAUGAUGCCGUCACAGCCGCAAUCAACUUCAACAACUCAAACAUAUGUCCAAUCUUCUGCGUGUCCAGCGUCACAGGAGCUAACAUGGAGAUGCUCAAGAAAUUCCUCUAUGUUUUGUCUCCUGCCAACACUUCUAUGGAACAAGAAAAGCUGACGCAGGAAUUGACGGAAUACCAGGUUGAUGAGGUGUACAGUGUUCCGAAUGUUGGGCGAGUAGUAGGAGGUACACUAUACAGGGGGGUCAUCAAAGAGGACGACACUCUACUACUAGGACCUAGUGAGGAAGGGACCUUCAGCAAAGUGAACAUCCAGAGUAUACACAGGAACCGGUCAGCAAGCAGGGUGGUCAGGGCAGGUCAAGCGGCCACUCUGGCCCUAGGGGAGAUGGAAAAGCCCAUUAGAAAGGGAAUGGUUUUAGUAAGUGAGAAACUAAAGCCAACACCUUGCUACGAGUUUGAAGCUGAUAUAUGUAUCCUGUACCAUACUACCUCCGUCAGUCGUGGAUACCAAGCAACCGUGCAUAUAGGCAACGUCUGCCAGAAUGCUAUUAUAUGUGACAUGGACAAGGAUUCUGUGAAAAUCAACGAGCAGGCUUUGGUGAAGUUCCGGUUUGUACGGCAGCCUGAGUACAUCCGGGAGGGCGCCAGAAUCCUCUUCCGAGAAGGCUCUGCUAAAGGUCUUGGACAAGUCACCAAGGUCUUUGCAUUAUCAGCAGUGGAAAGAUAAGGAGGUGUACAUUGAUAUAUUGAUAGCAUUAUUAAGAUUGGGAAAUAUCAUAUUAAACUUGAGCAUAAUUAGAAAUUAUUAAUAUGUCAUCAUUAAUCAAGGAUAACUAGAUAUAACAAUAUCUCAAACAGCAUAAAUGGUUUUGAAAGCAGGGCCAUUUCCAUUUUGAAUGCUAGGAGGGUGUUCAUGUUUAAAAUAAUCGAAAUUAACCACUUUCUGGCUCGUAAUAGACAAAAUCAUCUCUGUAUUAAAAUAUAACAGUUAAUGCCCUUCUGGCUCUCAGCACAUGAUGUAUUCUUCAUCCAAAGAGGUUGUAUCUUGCCUAUUGCAAUUAUAUUUAUGUAGAAGUCUGCUUGUUCCUUCAUCAUCGUAGUUUUAGCACUGUACAUAGUUUUCUUCACACAUCAUGUUUUACAAGUUAUUUAGCUACCAAUUGCUGUUGCUGAAUUUUGAACAACGGCAGAAUACCCCACCACACAAGUAACCCUAACCCUGACCCAAACUUUAACCCUAGACUUGACCCGAACCCUCAUUUAUUGUGGUGGGGUCUUAUGUAGAUAUGCCUAGAAUUUGUUGAUACCAAAGAAGCCUAAAAUGUAGUUAUAUUUAACAAAUUUGUCGGAGGUGCUAUGGAUUGCUUUUAGUCAAAUAUGAUGUGCAUCUGAAUUAGGAAAUAUUAAAUCGAUAGCUGUAUUUCACUUAAAAUUAGCUGUCAGCUUGAAUGCAGAAACUAAAUUGAAAUAAUUUAAAACAUUGUAUUCUAUUCUAUCA